AUGACAGAACCCCCAACGCUCCAGCCUCGCAAUGCUGAGUCGGACAUCUCCACCAUGUCUCGCCAUGCUCGUCACGCUCUCUUACUCAGUCCGACGGUCCAAAUUCAGAUAAUGGACGGAGAUACAGUCCGACCCGUCCGGAAGAUUCCCUGUGCGGUCCUCACUGCCUUCUCUCCCCAGACCAAAAAACACUACGAAACCCAAACCUGCGACCCCCGCAUCACUGGAGCAUACAUCAAACUAGACGCCAUCGCCGCAAUCAUAGACUGGAUGAUCGAAUCAUGCGACAGCCUCAACAUCGACCCAAUACACACCCGGGCACGGCUGGGCGGCAACAUCGAACUCUACAUGGCGGCGAAGGUGCUGGAUAUUCCGCUCGUGAAGGAGCACAUUGGGAGACACAUCGCGACAUUGGCAAGGGACGAGCCAUAUAUAUUCUUGGACCCGCGCGUACGGAUACUAGGUGCCCUGCCAGCAGACGACCUGCUUGUACAGAUGGUGUCGAAGGGGUUCGCGGAUGGAUACGGCGAAGAUUGGAUGGAGAGGAGGGAUAUCAAGAAAUUGAUCACAAGGUUUCCGCUUGUGACCGGCGAGCUACAAAGGGCCAUGCCAACAAAACUUAUCCAGUUGGGGUUUGUGGGAGAGCGGGUAGUCUUCUUGAUGUUUCUGAUUAUGGCUUGGGGUCCGAUGCUGUGGUUCUUAUAUGGGAUUUGGAUACAGUCUUUGGAUGACCCAUAA